GCUAGAUACCACGCGGCAGUCCUCAACCUGCGCCGGACGUAAGCUGAAGGAACCUCCUCGUUCGCCAUGGUGCUGUCGGCCGUGUUCAUCACCGACCUGAAGGGCAAGGUCAUCAUCUCGCGCAACUACCGCGGGGACAUCCCCAUGUCAGCGUCGUCCAAGUUUACGCGCUACGUGCAGGACAAGGACGACUCGGAGCAGCGCCCCGUGUUCACUGAGGACGGCUAUACUUUCGUCUAUCUCAAGCACAAUAAUCUGUACCUGAUGACCGUGACCAAGGUGAACUCGAACGUGGCGCUUAUGCUCAUGUAUCUCACCCGCAUCUGCCAAGUUUUCCGCGACUACUUCGGUGAGCUGGAAGAGGAGAGUAUUCGAGACAACUUCGUCAUUAUCUUUGAGCUACUGGACGAGACUAUGGACCAUGGAUACCCGCAAACCACAGAGGCUCGCAUCCUGCGCGAGUAUAUCACCCAAGAGGGUCACAGACUGGAGGCGGCGCCCCGUCCGCCCACGGCUCUCACCAACGCCGUCUCCUGGCGUAGUGAGGGCAUCAAACAUCGCAAAAACGAAAUCUUCCUGGACGUGGUGGAGAAACUCAACCUGCUGGUCUCUAGCAACGGCACUGUGUUGCACUCUGAGAUUAUUGGAGCUGUCAAGAUGAAGAGCUUUUUGUCCGGCAUGCCCGAACUCAAGCUCGGUCUCAACGACAAGGCGCUGUUCGAAGCUACAGGUCGAUCGUCCAGCAAGGGCAAAGCCGUCGAGAUGGAGGACAUCAAGUUCCACCAGUGCGUCCGACUCGCGCGCUUCGAGUCUGACCGUACGAUCUCCUUCAUCCCGCCUGAUGGAGAGUUCGACCUCAUGACGUACCGUCUGGCCACACACGUCAAGCCUCUGAUCUGGGUCGAAGCGGUGGUGGAGCCUCACUCACGCUCCCGUAUUGAGUACAUGGUUAAGGCUAAGUCGCAGUUCAAGAGCCGCAGUAUCGCUAACAACGUGGAGAUCGUGAUCCCAGUGCCUCCUGAUGUUGAUUCGCCCAGCUUCAAGUGCAGCAUUGGAUCAGUGACGUACGUGCCCGACCGCGACGCCAUCGUCUGGUCUAUCAAGCAGUUCAACGGUUCUCGCGAGUACCUCAUGCGUGCGCACUUUGGUCUGCCCAGUGUGGACAACCACGAGGCCACAGACGACUGGAAAGCUCCCAUUCAGGUCAAGUUCGAGAUCCCGUACUUCACAGUCUCGGGCAUCCAGGUGCGCUACCUCAAGAUCAUUGAAAAGAGUGGCUACCAGGCACUACCGUGGGUUCGAUACAUCACGCAGAACGGCGACUACCAGUUACGCAUGUCCUAGCUGUGUAUCCUGGCAGCAAAGGAGGAAGACUCCGUCAUUCGGUAAGUAGAGGGUGAGGAAGUGGCAAGAGUAGACACACGGAUGAGGCCUAUCUGUUGGGCCGGAUGCUUCCUUCAAUGCUGAAUGUGAACGAUGUAUAUGAGUAGAUGGUUGUCUUGUCUUGGAAUGUUGUGGUUACUCGAAGGU